CUGAAAAAUUCAGGUGAAUACCUUCUUUUACCAAACUUUUGUUUUUAAGAGGAGGUCCGCCUUAAAACAUUUUUAAUUCUCUGGCGACACCCAACAUACUUAAAGGAAACUGCAAGCUGAUGUCAUCCUGACAACUUGUUGACGGGUUUCUUUCGUCAACUUGAUUUUUGGAUCACUGACGCAGGCUGCCACUCCGACGUCAGGCGCUGCGCUUCACCGUGAAGAUGGCGGAGGCUGCGGAGACACCACAACACCGGUUUUUCUGUCACUGCUGUAAAUGUGAAACUAAUCCCAAACUCCCGGAUUUUGUCUGUCCCAGAUGUGACUCUGGCUUCAUUGAGGAGGUGACAGAAGACUCCAGUCUCCUGCAGGACAGCACAUCAGGGCCCAGCGAAGACUCCAGCUCCUCAUUCUCAGAGUUAUGGCAGCUGCUGUUUAUGGAGCGCUCUGCUCUGCUGUCACAUCCGCCCUCCUCGGAGUCAGACCCAGACGAUAGCGAGCAGGUAUCUGCAGGUCAGAGCCGUCUUUCUCCAGUGUCAGCAGACAGCGCAGAGGCAAGCGAUUCAGAAUCUCCUUCCCAGUCGGAGCAAGAGAGGUCAUCCAGGCCUGAACAAAGGCCUGCAGUGGAAGGGAUCGUUCAGCAGUUCUUGGCUGGCCUGUUUGCCAGCAAUGGAAACCCCGGUGCUACACCAGCUGCAUUAUCCAACAUGCUCCAGUUGUACGCAAACCCUGGAGAUUACGCGUGGGGUCAAGGAGGUCUGGACGCUGUCAUCACAGAGUUGCUAGGACAGUUGGAGAACACUGGUCCACCCCCUGCACAAAAGGAGAUGAUCUCCACCCUGCCAACAGUUUGCAUCGCUCAAGAGCAGACAGACUGCAGACUUGAGUGUCCAGUUUGUAGGGAGGAGUAUUCAUUAGGGGAAUCUGUUAGGAAGCUACCCUGUCUCCAUUACUUCCACAGCGAAUGUAUAGUGCCUUGGCUGGAGUUGCAUGAUACCUGCCCGGUGUGCCGAAAAAGCCUUGACGGUGUUGACAACAGCCUCCUGCCCACAUCAGAACCCCCGGAAGCCCGCUCCAUCAGGACAGAGCAACAGGAAAGGCAGGCGAUCUGAGAAACGGGCCAAAGCAACUCUACCUCCUUCACUCACUUCAGACCUUCCCCUCCUCCAUAACUGCUUAAAUAAAAUACAUUGCAUCAUAGUCAUAAUUUGCAUUUGAGUCACGCAUCACUGCUAAGGACUUUUACAUUUUUUUACUCCAACACCAUUUUACCAUUUUAAGCCACACAGCUACACACAAAAGGACCCUGGAGUUUGCUGACAAGAUGUGGAGGUGUCCUUCUCGCUACACUGCCCUCUCAGGUGGAUUUCUGAAUGACCGACUUUGAUGUCAUGAACUAAUCACCACUGAGCUGCUAGUGGUAUUCAUAAUGAUGGGAAUUCACAGAGUUAUGAAGUAACCUUGUGCUCUUGGUAAGACAAUUUCUUAAUGCAGUACAUUUUGUGAACCCUUUUCCACACAGUCUGAUUCAGUGUUGAUCUCUCUAUUUAAAACUGUUAUUAAAGCCUAAC